AGACCUGUUCCGUUCUCUUCUUUUUCGGUUCUUGGUUUCGAGGGUUCCAGGAUCCAGUAUUUUCCACCUGUACAUAAUGUGGCAGUGGCAGUAGCCGGUGUCCACGACCUUCUUGUCGCGCCGCUAUCGCAGUCCGUCUCUUCAGCUCCUCGAGUGCACUUCUUUUUCCAAAACGCACACCACCUCAUCUUCUUCCUCGCCGUCGGUCUGUGAUACACAUUUUCAGCAGAGUUAAAGUUCCUAAUCAAAGAUGCGUCGUACGUUGGGAAUUUGUUUCGUCUUCCUGCAUUUUUCUGGCCUUGUGUGGGGCCACGGUCGUUUGAUGGAUCCUCCAGCUAGGAAUUCUAUGUGGAGAUUCGGCUUCCCAAAUCCUGUUAACUAUAAUGACAACGAGCUCUUCUGCGGUGGACGAGGAGUCCAAUGGGAGCAGAACGGGGGUAAAUGCGGUGUCUGUGGAGAUGCUUACAAUGCGCCGGAGCCUAGGCCGCACGAGGCCGGAGGGCUCUACGCUAAAGGAAUCGUGAGUAGGCAUUACAGUGUUGGACAGGUGAUCGAUAUCGAGAUCGAAUUGACUGCAAACCAUUACGGACGUUUCGUAAUCUACCUGUGUCCUAACAACAACGCCGCUCAGGAAGCCACGCAGGAAUGUUUGGAUCGGUAUCCUCUGUACGUAUCCGGAACUAGAGAUGUUAACUACCAUAUUCCGGAGGAUGGCAAGAAGAAGGCCAUCUUCAGGUACAGCGUGCAGCUUCCACCGUACGUGACCUGCACUCAAUGCGUUAUGCAAUGGACCUACUACACCGGAAACCAAUGGGGCGAGUGCGGAAAUGGCACCACGGCUCAAGGAUGCGGUGAAGCUGAGACCUUCCGGAACUGCGCCGAUGUUGCCAUAGUAUCGAAUACAGGUGGAGCGAGACCGCCGCUCUUCGUUGGCGUCGACAAUCCGUUCAUUCUGUUCUACAGAGAUGCGCGAAGACCGGAACCUUUCAACGUGUUCCCACUCGUCGUCAGGGAUCAAGUUUGCGUUGCCAACUCUUUGUACAAGCUGAUUCCGGGCAUCGACGAUUGGUGCCAAGUUAACUGCCUCAAGUAUCCUCCAAAUUGUCCAGCCAGAGUGUGCACUUGCCCGAGCACAUGCGAUGCUAUUGGCAAGUACGAAGGAUUGAGAGACGUCGCCGUCCACUGCAUGGACCAAUGCUUGUACUACAAAUCGAAAUGCCCCAGGGACAAAUGCCAUUGUUACGAGGAAUGAAUUGCUCAAAUUCCGACAGUCUUCCAUGUACAUUUUUUUUAGAUACGGUUAAAGUUUUGUUUUAACACUUUUUACUUUUUUAU